CCUGUUCCCCAGGUCAUACCAGCAUAUUUGGCUGUGGGAGCCAGGGAUCAGUGUGUUCUAAAGAUUUGUGAGUCAUUCCGAUGUGGACUGUGCAACAAAAUGUGGGAACCAUAGUUAUAAUGAUUAAGAACAUUGACCAUGGAAGACAUGGGUUUAAAUCUACCCUCUCCUUUGACAGCUUUCCAGACUUUUGGAUCUUCCACCAGAAAACUUGAUCAAGUCAAUAUCUGCAGUUCCAAUUUCCAGAAAAGACAGGGGAACCGCCUCUUCCCGUGUGUCCUGAAGACCCCUUGCACCUUUCUGCUCCCGGGGAUUUGCCCUUCCCACCAGACCACCACCAGAGAAGUAGCUGAUUUUCAGCUUUCUGUGGAUUCUCUAUUGGGAAACAACAAUGACCAUUCAAGACCAGAUGUUCAAGUUCAAGCCACGAGACUGGCAGAGAAGCUAAAAUGUGAUACAGUGGUAAGUGAAAUCAGCACUGGUCAAGGGACUGUAAAUUUCAAAAUAAACAGAGAACUAUUAACAAAGACAGUACUACAACAAGUAAUCAAAGAUGGCUCAAAAUAUGGGUUAAACAGUGAGCUAUUCUCUGGUCUUCCCCAGAAGAAGAUUGUGGUUGAAUUCAGUUCACCUAAUGUUGCCAAAAAAUUUCACGUUGGACAUUUGCGUUCUACCAUCAUAGGAAAUUUUAUAGCAAAUCUCAAAGAAGCUUUAGGACAUCAAGUCACCAGAAUAAAUUACCUUGGAGAUUGGGGCAUGCAGUUUGGUCUUCUGGGAACUGGCUUCCAACUGUUUGGCUAUGAAGAAAAACUUCAGUCCAAUCCUUUACAGCACCUCUUUGAAGUUUAUGUACAAGUUAAUAAAGAAGCGGCAGAUAAUAAAAAUGUAGCAAAAUCAGCGCAUGAGUUCUUUCAGCGAUUAGAACUGGGUGACAUGCAAGCACUUGAACUGUGGCAGAAAUUUCGAGACCUGAGCAUAGAAGAAUACGUGCGGAUUUACAAGCGUCUAGGAGUACACUUUGAUGAAUAUUCAGGAGAAUCAUUUUAUCGUGAAAAAUCUCAAGAAGUCUUAAAAUUGCUGGACAGUAAAGGACUCCUGCAGAAAACAAUAAAAGGAACAGCUAUAGUGGAUCUUUCUGGAAAUGGGGACCCCUCCUCAAUUUGUACUGUAAUGCGAAGCGAUGGGACUUCUCUCUACGCAACCAGAGAUCUUGCAGCUGCUAUAGAUCGAAUGGACAAGUAUAAUUUUGAUACAAUGAUUUAUGUGACAGAUAAAGGGCAAAAAAAGCAUUUUCAGCAAGUGUUCCAAAUGCUGCAGAUCAUGGGAUAUGACUGGGCAGAAAGGUGCCAGCACGUGCCCUUUGGAGUGGUGCAGGGAAUGAAGACUCGAAGAGGAGAGGUUACCUUUCUGGAAGAUGUUCUAAAUGAGAUUCGAUCAAGGAUGCUACAGAACAUGGCUUCUAUUAAGACUACCAAAGAAGUGGAGAACCCACAGGAGACUGCAGAGAGGGUCGGGCUUGCAGCACUCAUUAUUCAGGACUUCAAAGGUGUGCUCUUGUCUGACUAUCAGUUCAGCUGGGAUCGUAUUUUCCAGAGUCGUGGGGACACAGGCGUCUUCCUGCAGUACACGCAUGCUCGCCUCCACAGUUUGGAAGAGACUUUUGGAUGUGGUUAUCUAAAUGAUUUCAACAUUGCUUGUUUACAAGAACCACAGUCUGUUUCCAUUCUUCAGCAUCUUCUCAGGUUCGACGAAGUGCUUUAUAGAUCAUCUCAGGACCUUCAACCCAGGCACAUUGUCAGUUACCUUCUAACUCUAAGUCAUCUUGCAGGUAUGGCACACAAGACACUGCAUAUAAAAGACAGUCCUCCUGAAGUGGCUGGGGCCAGACUUCAUCUUUUCAGAGCUGUGCGUUCUGUGCUAGCCAAUGGAAUGAAACUUCUUGGAAUAACACCUUAUUCCUUAGGAGAAAAGGCAUAAGGAUUUGUUGAGCAUAAGGAUCAGAAGUACAAUUAAAAGUUCACCAAAAUCAGGUAAGAAAUGUAUCUAAAGGAGGGCCUAUAAGUAGUGAUACUGAAAUGGUAAGUGGUUGGCCUUCUACAGAAUACUUACUGGGUGCCAGGCACUAUUCUAAUCACUUUACCUAAAACAACCCUAGGAGACUAUCCGUCCCACUUUACAGAUGAAGAAACUGAGACACAGGUUAAGUAACUUCCCCAAAGUUGCACAACUAAUAAAUUUCUUUAAAGAUUUCUACAAGCUUGAUGUUCCUCUAUUUGCAUUUAUAACAAUAGUCAAUUUUAAAAUCAAACAUAAAUACAGGCCAAGUCUGUUUCUUUUACUUAUUGCCGAUAUUUCACAGAUUGUGGUAUAAUUGAUCAGUAAGGAAAAUGACUAUUACAGCACCCUGAAAUGUUAAAUAAUUCAGGAUCCAACUUAAUGCUGGGUGUAGGCUAGGGAAGUCUAUAUUAGAAGGACUAGUACAGUGAUGGUGCCAGAAUGCCAGGUAUCAUAAUGAAUUUUGUACUAAUUACAUAUUAUAGGAAACAAAAAUACCUUUAUACCUACGUCCAAAAGUUAGGAAGGUACAAACUAAGGGGGACAUGAAAGAAUUUUCUGUUCUUUCCCCCUCAUAAAAAGCCUUGUUUACUGUAACUGCACUGCUGAAAAUAAUCAUUCCCUAAAGUCCUUGUAUUUCCUUGCAAACCUAAUCAUACUAUAUUCACCAGGAAGUAUUCAGGUUGUCUUGUAUCUAAAACCAGGGAAACAGGAAGGUCCUGACUACAGAAAGGCUCUUUGUAGUAACUCAGUAGCCCUGUCACUUUCAGUAGAACCAGUACCCCUCAGCUAAGCUCUAGGACCAUGGAAACAACCUCAGUACUGCUGACCCACAUCCCAUAAGAUAAUGAACUUCUGCAUUUGUAGAAUAAACUAUAACAAAACAAGGAAUUUACGACCAACUGCCAUAUUUAAUGAGUCAAGGAAGUGAGAAGCUCUUUUAAAAACUUAAAAAUACAAACUAAGACAUACUUAUCUGCAACCCAAAUAGCAUCACUGAAGCGAUGGUAGAAAGGACAAUGGCUGCUGCUGCAGAAAAGCCCUUCAUGAUGUUGUCUGUGUACUUGACCACAACAGAAGUGUAGAGGCCUCCAACACUUGCAAGAACUUGUAUACAGAAAGAAAGAAAAUCUUAACACUCAAAAAAUGAAACAUUCUAUGAUGGUGAAGCAGUUUUCACCCCCAGAGAUGCCAUACUAAUUUACCUAGGAAAAUACGAUUUUCCUUAGAAGCAGCCAUCUGAGAGAGUUUGUACUAAAAUCGAGUAAUAGUUCCUAUAAAACAACAUUGUUUUUCACAUGCCCAGAGGGCUAUGUGCUCUACUACUAAAUUGUACACAUUUAUUGCUAACACAUUAGAUACUACUGAUCGUGAAGGCAAAAUUGCUUUGGGAGAGUUACACCACAAAGUCAGUCAAUAAAACCAAAAUUACAUUUUCAAACGUGUUCACAGUAGCAGAGGAACAAUUUCAAAAUGCUAUCAAAGGCUUAAAACAGACUUUUUUUUUUUUUUUUUAAAGGAUCUACCCAGAACUUGUUAAUUCCUGGAUACUUACAGAUGACAAACCAGACAUAAUAUGUGUAACCAUAGAAAAAUCCUUUUUCUUUAAUUUCAGCUCCAUCUGACAAGUAGACGCCAACUAAUGUCACAACAAUCCCUGAUAGAUACAUUUGAAUGUUUCUCACCCAGAGGGAAGUGUCUGAACUCUUUAAAACUUUUUCAAAGUACACUCCUGGAAAAAAAUUAGAUAUGCAAAUAUGAAAGAUAUUAAAAAUUAAUUUAAAAUUCCCUUCAUUUAGAACAAUAACCCAGACCUAUGACAAUGUAAAAGUAUAUGAUUCAGGGAACAAACACAUUUUACAUCAAGUGCACAUUUAUUAUGCUGGUUGUGACACAUGGCAUUUUGACAUUAGCAACAUGUAUUUUUAUAGAGCAUAUAAAAUUAGUAACUAAGAGGAAUUAUCUAACCCACAUACAACAGGAAACUCAUAAAUUAUUAAGAACAAUUUCUCCCAUUACUGUAGCAGUAAGAUCACAGAAGCUUUCUGUUAAUGCCAAUAAUAGACUUCUUUUGGUCAGCAGGAAAACUAUACUCUUAGAGUCAAUUAUCUUAAUCAUAUCCCUCUAAUAUCUGCCUAGUAAUGAAAACUCCCAGCUUUACAAAAUAACCUAUAUAAUAACCGCUUGGGAUUUUUUUCAGAGUAACACAACCAAAAUAAAAUUUAAAUAGAAAUUGCUGAGUGAAGCCAUUUUCCUUUAAAGCAGGGUUCCACAAACCAAGUUCUUAAACAAUGUCAGAAAAACCAUGAACUCACUCACUAGAUAAUACAUUUUGUAUGUAUGUGCAUUUUCUUGGGGUUGAGGGUCCAUAGUUUUUCCAGAUACUCCAGAAAAGCAAAUGACUCCUCAUCAUACACACGCAAAAUCACAUACCACUAAGUUUUAUACUUAAAGUGAACACAUGGAGACAUUCAAGGAUAUUAAAGAUUUUCAUUAUAAACACAUUAAUUACAGACUUAGAAACUGCCAAAUACUAAUCAACUAAAAAUUAUAAUGGAAAAAAAGGCUGUUUUUGGUGAAUGUGUGCUAGAGCCAGAGAACGGAAAGAAACAUGUAAUGGUUAUUCCUAUUCCCAUUUUUAAAAGUCUAAUAGCAUAUUUCUUGGGUAACUCAAUUUUUAUUUCUAAUUUGCUAUUUCCUAAGGAUAAAAAUUUAGCAUGAUGCUAUCAUUAAAUAUAUGUCUCAAUUUAGAUCUUCCCCUUUUAUCAAAGAUCUUUUUCACAAGCAGUAUUUCACUUCCACAUCCAGCCUACUUUCCUAGUCAAAAAUGAAAAGAAUCCUAACUCUUGAAAUAGCACAAAUAAAGAUAAAUAAUAAAAACAUAGCUAUGACUAAUAUACUCUUUACUAAAAAAAAAUUCAGGUUCUUCUCUAUUGGAACUAUUUCUAAAACAUAUGUUGCACUUAACAUUCACACCUUGUCUCUUCUUGAUUAAGUGAAGGAUUGUUCCUACACAUAUGACUCUAGACUUCCAUGUUUAUUUUAUGUUAAUGAUUUCGGUUCUCAUCCCUCCCUUUUUGGCUGUUACUUUUAUGUAUUAACUUUUCGGUGAGGUACUCUCCACCCCACCCCCUUUUUCUCCCUACUCCAUAAUUCCUAAUCUAUUAGAGGAAGAACUUGAGGGUAACAGGAAAAAACAGAUACUGAGCUGGCAACUUCAUAUCCCACAGCAAGAGGAUAUUGCCUGAAGAUAGUGCCACUUCCAGGAAAUGGAAAGAGGUACUGGAGCUUUCUAACUGCUAACCUGUCCAUUGUUAGAAGUCUUUGUUCACUUUUGGGUUCUUGUCUGGACUGAAGAUGGUCAACAUGACCUAAAUAUGUUCUUAGAUUACUGCAAGUAUGAGUAAUGUCUUAGGUCUGAACCGAAUUAAACACUACCACACAUUUGCUGAAAAAACAGCUGACACAAAACUAUAAGUAGGAAGAUAAGCCUUAAUGGGAAUAAAAUGGUUACAAUAAAAUAAUAUAAACUAGAUCCCUAUUAAUGUUUUUUUAGAAAAUUUAACAGAAUAAAGCAAUGCAUUUAUGAUUUACCUGCAAAUCCUGAGCACAAUACAGCAAUAGCUAUAGCGCCAAACCCUAACAAUGGGUUCUGUUCCACCUGCAAUAAUGUUUCAAAAGUUAUUAGUGACUCAUAAAUAGAAUUCAUCCAAGAGAUCAAAUGACUACAAAAAUUUGUUAUGGUUCUAUUGAAAGUAUGUGCCACAUCAGACACAGCUCGUCUACAGACUAAGAUAGAAACAAACAAAAGGCCAUCCCAGAGAUUAACCAAAGCACUUAAAUUAAAAAGCUGUCCCUCAAAUUGCAGCCAUGCUUACCGAACAUGUGUGCCUAUUCCUAAUAACAGGCAGGCAGUCAUCCUAGCACAGAAUUUUGCAUUGUCAACCUGCCUUUUAAUUUUAACUUCUGCCACCACCUUAACUCAAGCCCUAAUAGCCUCAAUCACAGAAAUGGUAACAGUUUAACUCUUGUAUUUCCUAUCACCUGCAAAAUGAAGUAACGACUUUAAGAUUUCCUACUUUACUAAAUUUCUAUCAAAUAUUAAUAGUAUCCUUCUAUGUACCAGAUAUACUGUCUUAUGUACUAAAUGAAUAAAAAUAAAAGAUGAUACACAGCUGUGGUUCUUAAACAGUUCAUGGAUGAGAGAUUGACAGAUGUAUAUAAUCAUAAUUCUGUGCUAAAAGAUGCAUGUAUAUGUGCCCUAACCUAUUUCAACUUUAUUUUCUCUUUCUUCCCUAAACUAACCCUUAAGGAACUUUCAUCAGUCUUUCCUCAAAGAUAAAUACUAUCUCAGUAGUAACACUGAAACUAAAGAGUAGAGACACAUGACUAUACUAUGACAAGCACAUACCUUAUUCAAAAUAAACAGCCUGAUAUAGGUGAGUAUUGCUUUAUGUUAAAUGUCUGAGAGAGAAAGCUUGGUCUAAGUGAUUGCAACUGUUAUUGUUAUUAAUGACUUACUAGCAAAACGUGUGAACAGAUGACAUAAAAAGUUUAAUGGUCAUCACUAGAAAAUAAUAUGGCUUCCCUAAGAAUGAGACAUACCAAAUUUCCUUAUGAAGGGAUUCCUAGUUAGUAUGAUGAGGCGAAUUCUAUAGAGACAGUAUAUUUUGAAAAAAAAAAAAAGACAAAUCUACAUAAUAUUUUUGUGAACAAGACAGAAAUGUAUUGAGAAUAGUAGUACAAUUCUAUCCAUAGCUGAGUGAAUUCUCAUACAGCAAAGUGCUAAUGGAAUAAAAUCAAGCUACACCAACAACCAAUACCAGUUUGCUAGGCAUAUGAAUGAGCCACUUUAGAAACAUCCCCUAGGCCCAGUCAGGCCUUCAGUUGACUGCUGCCAUAGCCAAUAUCUUGAUUGCAACUUUCAAGAGACCUCAAGCCAGAACUACCUAGCUAAGGCACUCUCAAAUUCCUGGCAGACCUAUAAAAACUAUGAGAGAAGAGGAGGAUUAUUGAGCAAAAGGGGGAAAAGUCCAGCUAAAGAGAGAUCUAAAAGCACAGCCACAGAACUCUGGUCCUCUCCUGUCUAAAUUUUCAGGGAAGACCCAAAGACAUUUGUCGAAUCUGUAGAACACUAACACUCAAAAACCUAAUAAUGGAUAAUAAGAUCUGGAAGGACCUCAAAUGCCUGAAUGAUGAACCAAAGCUAACAAGAUACUAAAAUAAAUACAUCCUGCAUUUUGGUUAGAAGAAGCAGCCCACUGCACAUGACACAUUUGAAAUAAACUAUGUUGUGUGAAACUCUGUGUAUAAUCAGUUAUUGAAUGGCUAUCUUCCCUCCACCUCCCCCCAGAAACUUAUAGGCUAAUUUAACAGAGGUAAUUCACAAGUUACACUUCAUCUGCUCAGUCAAAGGCUAGAGACAGUGUGAGGUUUUAAGACUACUGAGGAACAAUAAUGAAUGCAUCUAGAAGAGAAAUACAAGGAAGUAUUGGGGCAAGAGGAAGGGAAUCAAGAAAUCUCUAGAAAAUACAGAAAGAAACAACAAGGUUGUCUCAAUGGGGAGGAAAAAAAAGACCUGGAGGGUGGUGAUGUGACACUCCUCAAAUAUCCAAAGGAUUAUCCUAUAGAGUUGGUAGGGAAUUGAGUUAUUCUGACAAGAACAAAAACAGAGGCAGUUACAAGAAGCUGCACUUUGCUUAAAAUAUGAAAGAACUUUUUGUAGUGGUCCAAAAGUAGGAAAACUGCCCAAUAAUCUGCUUUAGCUUACUAAGCUUUUCACAUACAUUACCUAUGUGCGGUGGACCUAACAUCUUUCCUAAUGGUGUGAAGUGUUAAAGUUCAUAUUUAACUUUUGUUUGCCUUAUUUCCCAAUAAAUUUCUUUCUCUGCAAGGUCUACAACUAAAUUAAAUGUGCAGUGUAUAUUUGAUCAGUGUUUUGAAAUGCCACCAGGAUAUAAGCAUGUUUAAAUAUCAUGUAAAACCAUAAACAUUCAUUGUAACCUCAUUUUCCAGGGGUGGGGGGGGGAUCCUCCAUGUAGUUUUAGGCUAGAAACUAUGUAAAAAAUAACUGACUUCCUACUUGCACACGCCCUCUAUACAUCUCCAGCUGCCUCAUACCUCUAGGAGAACCAUAGUCUUUUAUUUGCUAAAAGGUGAAGAAAGUAUUCGAUUGUAAAGGAAAACUCCUGAAGGUCAUUCACUAGAGUCCCACUUCCUAAUUCUCUUUGGGAAAAUAACCUAUAAAGUAUACAACAUAUUUUUGAAAAUCAGGUAGGUACCAUUUAAGUCUUAAAUUGAAAAUUAGAAAGGCACUUUUGGCCCUGUUUUAGUUAUAUCAGUAAAAACACUACUCCCCCUGUAAUCCCUAUCACUGACAGUGGGAAUGUGUGCAAAAAGAUUACAAGAAAAACUUUCUGAGUUCAGAGAAAGGAUGAAAAUUAGAUGAAGAAAACUUCCCUUGGUGUUGGUGUUGAGAAAAAUGCCUAAAAGAGGCCUGUAAGUUCUGAACAUACAAACUGUAUGAAAUUGGCACAAUUUUAGUAACAGGUUAGCUAUUAACUGUAACUUUAAACAAGUCACUUCUUGAGACUUCAAUUUUGUGGAGUCUGAAUGGCUCAGUCAGUUAAACAACUGACUUAAUUUUGGCUCAGAUUGUGAUCAUGGGAUCGAGCCCCAUAUCGGGCUCCACGCUGAGCGUGGGGCCUGCUUGGGAUUCUCUCUGCCCUUCCCCAACUCGCGCACACAUGAGCUCUCUCUUUCUCUCUCACAAUAGAUGAAUAAACUUUUUUUUUUAAUGUUCUGGGAUUUGUCUAAAAAAAGACUUCAAUUUUGUCAUCCAUAAAAUGAAGGGGAUUGAUUACAUUAAGGUACCUUCCAUGUCUAACAUAUUUUAUGCAUAUUCUCCUCCAGAAAAAUAGAGGAAGGGGGACAAUUAAGUUAUAUUAUUAAUAAUAACAUUAUGAUAAGGGAGUAAAAAAAGCCUAUCUGUAGGGCAAAGAUUAUUUUCAAAGACAUGUACUACAUUCAUCAUUGUGAUGGUCUAAAGUGUUAUAAGAUUAAGGAAGUGUUCUCUUUUAGUUCUGGUGAGCGUUUUGUUUCUUACCACAACUUUUGUAGCUUGAGCUGGUUUCCACUGUACAAGUAUGACUCCACCACAUAGCAUAAAAACUGAAAUCCACUGUAAUUUGCUGAGUGUCCUGUUUAACAUUAAAACAGUACAUAAAGCAGUGCAGGGAAUCUUCAACUGAUAGGUCACCUACAAACAAAACAAUAAAUUAAUGAACUCAUAACAUUAUUGUCUGACACAAAUAUUUGAUAUUAAUAGAAUUAUGGAGAAAAAAACCAUGUGAUAAAGGGCUAAUAAGUCUUUUCACCAUAAAAACUUUUUUUUUGUUUUUUAACUUGAGAUUUUACUUUUCACUUUUCAUUGUCAUCUACCUCCACUUACCUGGUAUACUGCUGCAUCCAGAUUGCUAAGAGCUAGGAAAGCCAUAUUGUUCUGAACAGCAUACACUAAUGAUGGCACACUUAACUUCAUCAGUUCCUUGGGGCUCCCCAAGACAUUUUCUCUUAAAGACGCCUUGAAUCUACCCAGACUACCAGUUUCUCUUUGAAAACAAAAGGGUGAGAAAGGGGUGAGAAAGAAAAUUAAAGAGCUUUUUUUUUUUUAAGAUUUUAAGUAGUCUCUACACCCAACUCACAACCCCAAGAUCAAGAGUUGCAUGCUCUAUCAACUGAGCCACCCAGACACCCCGAGAGCAUCCUUUUGAUAAGAAUCCUUCACACAGAAUAGCCGUAUUGUGUUAGGUACACUGAUGUAACUUAGCAAACUUGUUUUUAUAAUUGUCAACUAAUUUUAGAUUAAAAGAAACAUAACUGCAUAAAAGAAAAACAAUUACAAGUUCUAUUUGGGAAAAUAAGACAAUUAGGUUUACCAUCAUCAACCUCUGGUCAACGCUCCAGCAAUUUUUAAGUAUAUUUAUAAAUAAUGACAUAACAGGAAAACGGAAUUGCUAAUACUACCUAUAAAAUUUUAAUGUAAUCCCUCCCACCUUAACUGCCAUUACAUCAAAUUCACCCUCAUUAUUUUAAUUAAUUAGGUUGUGUAUCUAUUUUUAAAGGUUUUUGUUUUGUUUUGUUUUUAAUUACAAAGAGUCGUUGGUAGUUAUGGAAGUUACUUGGGAUAGGGAUUGAGCAAUUUCAAGUCAAUAUUCUCUGUAAAUCCGUUAAGUGCUUAUGAAGUAUAGAUAAUACAUUUAAGCACAUUCUCAUAAAACUGAAGUACAUAUCUAUAAUUUUUCAGGAAAUAAUAAUUUACUAAUAACAAAACUAUUUGUAGUGUAUAUAAGUUUGCUACUUGAUGUAUAUGCAAGCUCUUAACUAUUCAUAUUUUUUCCUCAGGAGGAGCUAGCUAAUAUGGUUCAUAUUUCCCCUGUUGAAAAUUUCCUGAAAAUAAAAAUAAAACAAUGUUUUACAAUAAGAACCAACACCAAAAAAAGGGCUUUAUCAAAAGGGUCCUAACUGCAAUUCAUAAUAUCCUAAGGGGGCAAGACCAUAUUUCUGCAGGGAGAUCUGUUUUAACUCAAAAUUAAUGACAGUCACAAUGAGCCUUUUACAUGUUUGGUCAACAAAAUCAAUGGUAACUGAAUUUUCUCAUAUUUAAAGACUGCAAAAAUAAUUCCCCAUGUUCUGAAGGGGGGGCAAAAAGUCCAGUGUCGAACUGAUCACCUGUGCCUAUGCAAGAAAAUGCUUAAGUAUGACAGGAAAUGUGGCCUAAGUCAUAAAAACAAGACACCCUUCUUAGUUACAGGUCUUCCUCUGCUGCCAAAUUCAACAUGCUCCACACCACAAUGGUAAAUCUAUCUGCUGAAAAGUAAUGCACACAGCCUGAUGGGAGACUACAAACUCUAUCCAGAAGAAGGAAAGAAUACCAAAAAGAUCACUACUGAGAAAUUCUACAUAAUGGAGUUCUCCAGGUAUCUGAAGAUUGGCUCUUCAAACAUUUGACAGUUUUUUGUUUUUUUAAUGUUUAUUUUUGAGAGAGAGGGAGACACAGAAUCCGAAGCAGGAUCCAGGCUCUGAACUGUCAGGAGAGCCCAAUGUGGGGCUUGAACCCAUGAACCAUGAGAUCAUGACCUGAGCAGAAGCUGGAUACUUCACCAACUGAGCCACCCAGAUGCCCCCCACCCUUUUUUUUAAUGUGACAUUCUUCUUUAAAUUACUUUUUAAUGCAAAUCUAAGAUGUCCUAUAUACUUUCUCAAUACCUUAAACCCUAUUUUUUUCACAGAAUGUUUUCCCUCAAUUAUAGAAUUGAAUAACAAAAUUAAAGAGAAACAUUAAAAUAAAAGGAACCACAGGAGUACAAUUCAAAGAGCCAUCUUAACAAGAUGAUGUAUUAGAAAACAUAACAUUUUCUUUAAUGUCCUACUUCUCACUAGUAAGCACAAAAUAGCAAAAAUAUAAAUCUUACAGACUAUGAAGUACAGGAUACUGCUUUUGUACUUUUACUUUUAAUGCCUUCCAAAAUACUGACAUAUACUGCUAUAUCUUCAGAGUGGUUCUCAUGGAGAAAUACCCAUUUGUCCCCAUCUCCCACAUUCCACCACCAUGUCCACCGAUCUACGCUGGAUUCCCCAAGCUCCAGUAUAGUGGCUAGUUCUUUCCCUAAUCCCUUGCUAUGGGCAAUGCCAUUUUACUUCCACCCCUUAGAGAUACACUAAGCCUUCAAUGGUAUCAGAUGAAUUAUUCCCUAUCCAGAAAAAAGGUGGCCAUUUUAUCACUGGCUCUCUAUGCCCUAUUUGGAAUAUGGACUACAUAAGUAUCUAAUUACUAUUUCUAAUAACCACCAUGCCUGCACCAAUAAUCAAAGUUGCUGUGGUCCCUUUUCUCCCUGACACUUUUGUCCUUUGUUACCUUGUCCAUCACACUUUCAGCUUUCACAUAAAAAGAAUGACCUAUGAGAGGCACCUGGGUGGUUCAGUCGGUUAAGUGUCAAACUCUUGAUUUCGGCUCAGGUCAAGAUCUCAUGGUUGUGAGAUCAUGCCCAGUGUCAGGCUCCACACUAAGCAAGCAAGGAACCUGUUUAAGAUUGUCUCCCUCUCCCCCUACCCUCUCUCUCUCAAAAAAUAAAAAAGCAGGGCCUGUGCGACAUCACCAGCCAAUCUGAGUACUCCUUCAUUGUGACAAACCAGUAAAGUACACUGGGUCUGGACUGACUUCAGGUCUUUGGCUCUUCUGGCUCUCUCAUUUGUGUUGGGUGCUUAGGAGCUACUGUUUAUUCACUGCCAGGAAGGCUUUAGUAUAUUUUUCUGGUCCCUUCUCUAAUACAGAUAUUAGAGAAACCAAGCUAUUUCAGAAUGCUAACUACUGGAAACUUCAAAUUUCACUGUAGUGCCUUACAAUUAUAGCAAUAUUAUAUAAUUAUAAUAAGAUAUUUCAAAGUUAGUUAUAAAAAAUAGCAGAGAAUGCUAAAAGAACUUAUAAAAGAAAACAAAAGCUCUACAAUAAUAGAAACAUCAAGGGUUCCUAGGUGGCUCGGUCCAUGAUCUCACGAUUUGUGAGUUUGAGCCCUGCAUCAAACUGUCAGCACAGAGCCCGCUUCAGACCCUCUGUCUCCCUUUUUCUCUGCUCCUCUCCCACAUGCACACACUCACUCAAAAAUAAACAUUUUUUUAAAUGUUAAAAAAAUAUAUAUAUCAGAAAGAAUAAAGAGGUUUAGGAGGCAUAAGAAUAUUGAUCAGAUUAAAUCCUGUUUAAUUUAACAACAGUAUUAAGAAUAUAGCUCUUAAAAAAAAAGUAUAGCUCUUAAAGCUUGCGUUUAACUUUACUCACUAAAGUUAAAAAAAAUACAUAACUGCAAUAUAUCUUCCAAAAAACACUAGUAGUCCUAUAUUAUUUUACUAUUAAGCAAAAAUACUCAAUUCUAAAUAUAUUACACCCUUGAAUAUAGUAUAAAAAGGAACACAUAAAAACAAAAGGCCAUUUUUUCUUCCAUUUUCCUGCCCUGUUAUUUUCUUAGAAAUCAAAUCCUUUAUUAAGGACCUUUUGUUAAAAACAAAUGUAUUACAUUCUAUAAAUGACAUUGCUAAAUAAGAAAAAAAGCAUGUAUAAUAAAACACAUACAAUUUUUUUUUUAAAGAGAUCGUCUUUCCCAUUAAAUUUCUUAUUUAAAACAGUUUUUGAUUUUUAUCACUGGAAUAGAAUCUGUGUGCAACCUUUUGUUACCUGAAAAAUUUCUGAAGCUCCACAUUGAUUGCAGAGAUUCCGCUGCUGCCUCCCCCCCUAAAAUUUCCCAUCAACCGGCUGAAACCAAUUCUUUUUGACCUAUGUUUGGUCAAAAGUAGGCCUCAUUCUUCCAGUUCCUGAUCUGAUGAGAACUACUAGGAGGCAUAAAAUCCUUGGCUAGUUACCAAGGCACUGUGCAAAAUGAAACACAAGUUACUUAUGAGCUUAAGAAAGUUAAAUCUUGUUUAUAAAUUUAUUAUCUGCAAAGUUAAAUAUGAUUAACUCACAUAAAAGACUUUGAGAACUAGAUAUAAAAACCAAUAAUGAGGUCACUUGAGGACAAAAAUACCUAUCAUAAGGUACAUGACUUUUACAUCCUCCCUAUGACCCUAAACCCAUUACAACAUAGGUACAAAGAGGCAGUCAAAAAUGUAAACCCCACAGGAGAAACCGAAUAGGGCUAUAUAAUCUGUAAGUAUUUGACAGCUACAUUAUUCUAAAUAACACUAAAAAAUAACUAAAAUUAUAAUUUUAAGUAAAACAAUUUUCUCCAGUCUUAUAUAAUGUAUUUCAUUUAUUACUAAAAACACCCAAAAUAUAUGUAUAUUUACACAUCCUGCUAGAUUUAUUGAGUCUUUAUAGACUGUGGUGAAAAACAAACAAUACAAAGUUGACUUUGGUCUAAGACAAUGCGAAAGUGUUUGCACUUCCAUUUCUUCAUACCACAAAUGACAGGUUUAAAUCAAAACUGUUAGUUUUAAUAGCUGUGACAGCAUUUAGUAAAGAAUACAGCUAAUCAGUAAUUUUCCUGUGACUUGUAGUAGUAGUAACUAGUUUGAAAUACCAAAAUAUUUUAAACGCUAUACUGUUUUAUGUUUCAGACUAUAACUUAGAAAUUGGUAAUUUAUAACUCAAAGAGUCUUAAAAACCAACUUAAUCACAUAUAGAGCUUUUGCAACAUCAAACUGCUCACCUGUCCCCUCCCCCAAAAAUAGGAUUUAGUAAUUUCCUUUUCGAUUUAAAAGUGAUCUGGCUGUAAUCAUACAUGUGCACAGCAGUGUAGUAAGAAAACAGUUAACUAUACCUUUGUUUAGACUGCAAACAAACCAAAUGCCCAUCCAUAGAGAAUAGAAUAUAUAGUAUAUCCAUAUAAUGGAACACAACUCAGCUCUUAAAACGAAUGAGACAGAUUUAUAUGUACUGACAUGGAACAAACUCUAAGAUAAAACAUUUAAGUGGAAAAAAAAAGUACAGUGGAACACAGUGUAUAUAGCAUGUAUACACACAUAUUACAUAUAAUUGAAACUCACCAAUUAGUCCAUGUAAACUUUAAACAUUUAUCAAAGUAGCCAUCUAUUAUUUCUUCCCCACACUCCCUUUUUUCUACAGUUCUAAUUUAUUAAAAUAAGUAUAAUUUCAUAUUCCAAAAAUUACUGUAAAUUAUAAACAAAAUCAACAAGGAUGAAAAACUUAAAAUUGAUUACAAACAAAAAAAGGGUCAGUUUUUUAAAUGAAUAACAAAAUUACACUGAAGAGGAAAAAGAGAACUAACCUAAGUAUUCUAAAAAACACAGUCUUUUUACUAUAUGCUCUAAAACUAAAGGUAAAACACCUACAUACAAAUACUGAACUUUAGUUAGGUUUUUUCACAGCUGUCUGUUAGAAAUUCUGAAUCUAUUUAUGUACUCUAAAGCAAAUAAGUAAAUAUCUUAAGAAAAUGGAAGCCAGACUCAUCACCAUUAGAAAAGGGAACAAAUAUGGUAAGGGAAGGUUAAAAUGAACUGUGAUCUUAGAUGGUAAUUAUAGGUAUCAAACAUUAUAUAACUUAUGGUUAUACACACAGACAUACAUACACAUACAGAAACAGAUAGGUGUGUAUGUAUACACAUACAUGUAUUUCCUACCUCUGCUGAAAGGGCCUAGAAGCAAUGAUACCCCAGAAGAUUAUGGGGUAGAUUAUGGUUUCUAAAUACCACUCUCAAAAAAUUAAAAAAAAAAAAAAAAAAGGAACAAGUUUUC